UUUCAAAACCAUAGAAGAAGAAUUUUGAAAUCGUUCAGGUAGAUGACAAUUCUGUAAAAUUAAAAUGGUAAAUGAUCAUAAAAGACAUGGGGAUUAGGUUCGCUUCAUGCGGUCCUAAUGAAGCUAUGGUGGCUUAUGGAUGUUGUUAUCGAAAACCACGAUUGAUUGCUGGUGGUGUAGUUUUUAUAUGUAGCCCAUUUCAGUCCAUUCAAAAAAUUUCACUCAACAUAAUGACCUUAAUUGUUGAUAGCACAAAAGUUUACACAAGCCAAGGAGUACCCAUAUCUGUAACUGGAAUCGCUCAAAUCAAAAUACAGGGCCAGAAUCAUGAAAUGCUGGCUAAUGCUUGUGAAUUAUUUCUAGGUAAGACCAAUUCACAAAUUCGACAAAUCGCAUUAGCUACUUUGGAAGGUCAUCAAAGAGCCAUCAUGGGUAGAUUGACCGUAGAGGAAAUCUACAAAGAUCGCAAGAAAUUUAGCCAUCAAGUUUUCGAAGUUGCUUCUUCUGAUUUAGUUAAUAUGGGAAUCACGGUGGUUUCAUACACCAUUAAAGAUAUACAAGAUGACGAAGGAUAUCUUGAAGCACUUGGGAUGAGUCGUACUGCUCAAGUGAAAAGAGACGCAAGAAUUGGUGAAGCUGAAGCCAGGGCUGAUGCCACUAUCAAAGUGGCUUACGCAGAAGAGAAGAAGAUGGAAUCAGUUUAUGCAAACGAAAUUAAAGUUGCAGAAGCCGAAAGAGAUUUCGAAUUGAAAAAGGCAGCCUAUGAUAUCGAAGUUAAAACUAAAGAAGCCGAAACUGAUUUAGCAUAUGAACUCCAAGCCACGAAAAUUCAACAACGAAUAAAAGAAGAGAAUAUGCAAAUUGAAGUUAUUGAUAGGAUGCAACAGAUAGAAAUACAGAAACAAGAAGAAAUAAGAAAAGAGAGAGAACUUAAAGCAGCAGUUCUAUGUGAAGCUGAUGCCGAGAAAUACAGAAUGGAGAAAUUGGCAGAAGCUCAUCGCAAAGAGAAAAUCUUAGAAGCCGAGGCAGAAGCUGAGGCUAUCAGAUUAAGGGGCGAAGCUGAAGCGUAUGCCAUACAGAUAAAAGCAAAAGCUGAAGCUGAACAGAUGGAAAAGAAAGCAGAAGCAUGGAAUGAGUACAAAGAAGCUGCUAUGGUGAAAAUGGUUCUAGAUGUUCUACCUCAAGUUGCUGCAGAAGUUGCCGCUCCCUUGGCUGAGGCUAAAAAAAUAACGAUGGUUUCAACGGGAUCCGGAGAUAUUGGCGUUUCGAAAUUAACUAGUGAAAUCAUGAAUAUUAUAAUGAUGCUACCCAAAGUUGUAGCGGCAUUGAGUGGGGCGGAUUUGGACAGACUGUUCAAACAAAAUUAAUAAAUCUGGUUUUCUACUA